AGCAACUUUGUAGAUAAAUAGCUGUAUCAGAGAUAACAUUUGGAUUUGUGCUUGUUUCUGUUUGUAAAUUGAAAACAAGAGCUUUGCAGUUCCUUACUUUCACCUCAGAGCGCCGCUGUUUAACCAAUAAACAGACAAAUUCAGAACUGGGGAUCCACUGGUGUUUUCCUUCCUCACACACACUGCAGAUCUAUAGAAGGAGACACAGACAUUAUCUGUACUGAUUCUGCAGUUUUUUAUUCAUCUACUGGAUUUAUAUAAACAUUUGCUAUUAUAUUCUGGAUAGUCAAAGAUUUUUUCUUGAAAGAAUUAAGAAACUGGUGACUGAGAUGAAACCCUAUAAAGGGAAAUACAAAGGACUCAGAUGGCAAGUAACCAUUUCUAUCUUAUUUUCUUGGCUGUGUCAUUCAGUCUCUGGUCAGAUUCAUUAUUCUAUUGUAGAAGAAAUGAGGAAAGACUCCAUUAUAGCAAAUAUUGCAGAUGAUCUUGGAUUAGAUAUUAGGCAGCUUUCAUCUAGAAAACUGAGGAUUGUAACCAGAGCUUCAGAGAGAUAUUUCUAUGUAAAUCUAGAUAAUGGGAAUCUUUAUAUUAAAGACAGCAUAGACAAAGAGAUAUUGUGUGAGGGAGAAGCUUCUUGUUUCCUAUCCUUUGAUGCUAUGACUGAAAAUCCAUUCAGUAUUUUUAAGAUAAAGGUAGAAAUUCAGGAUAUAAAUGAUAAUUCCCCAGCAUUUCACCCUGAUGUAUUUACUAUAGAGACAAUUGAAUUAACAUCAAUAGGGACCAGAUUUGCUUUACGAACUGCAGAAGAUCCAGAUACUGGUUCUAAUUCUGUACAGUCAUAUAAGCUCAGUGAUAACCAGUAUUUUACUCUAAGUGAAGACACCAAUCCAGAUGGUAGUACAUUUCUAGAGCUUGUCCUAGAGAAAUCAUUAGAUAGAGAGACACAGAGUCUCCAUGAGCUCAUACUAACAGCUAUGGAUGGAGGGGAACCUAUGAGAUCUGGAACUGCUUCAAUAAGGAUCAUUGUUACUGAUGUUAAUGAUAAUUUCCCAAUAUUCACCCAGUCACUAUAUAAAGUCAGUGUAAAUGAGAAUACUCCAGUGAAUACUACAAUAAUCACUGUGAACUCUACAGACAAUGAUGAAGGGGUUAAUGGACAGGUCACAUAUUCAUUUAGUAAGACAUCAGGAGAUGUCCAUCAUACAGGAACAUUCAGCAUCAUCCCUUUGACUGGGGACAUUAAACUAAAUGAUAAAUUAGAUUUUGAACUAAAACAAAAUUAUGAGCUCUCUGUGACAGCAAAAGAUGGAGGAGGCCUAGUGACCCAUUGUAAAGUAUUGGUAGAAGUCAUAGAUAUGAAUGACAAUGCUCCUGAGAUAUCUCUAACCUCAUUCUCUACUCCUAUUCCUGAGGAUUCUGCUGUGGGUACAAUGAUCGCUCUGAUUGAAGUUCAUGAUAAAGACUCAGCACAAAAUGGUGAAGUGGACUGUAAACUUUUGAAAGAAAUACCAUUUACUUUAGUUUUAUCAUCUGACAACUAUUACACAAUUGUUACUACAAGUUCUAUAGACAGAGAAGAGGUUUCUAGUUAUACCAUUACUGUUUUAGCCACUGACAGAGGAUCUCCUCCACUUUCUAGCCAAAGAACCAUCACUUUGGAGUUAUCAGAUGUCAAUGACAACCCACCAUUGUUUAUCAAAAGUACUUAUGUGGCUUAUGUCCCAGAGAACAAUUUACCAGGAUCCUCAAUAUACAGUAUACAAGCCUCAGAUCCUGAUACUGGAGACAAUGCAAAAAUAUUUUAUUCCAUCUCCACUUCUAAUACAGAGGAUCUUCCAGCAUCCUCCUAUCUCUCCAUCAAUAUAGAGACUGGGGUCCUCUAUGCUCAGAGAUCAUUUGAUUAUGAGCAACAUAAAGAGUUUUAUAUACAAAUAAAUGCUAGAGACAAUGGAUCCCCAUCUCUAAGCAGCAACACAACUCUACUUAUCCAUAUUGUGGAUCAGAAUGAUAAUGCACCAAAAAUUUUAUACCCAUCCCCAGACAUUGGAAGUAUGACGGCAUUUGAGAUGGUUCGUUUUGAUUCUGAACAAGGUUCCUUAAUAACUAAGGUAGUUGCCAUAGAUCCGGACUCUGGACACAAUGCUUGGCUCUCUUAUCAUUUUCUACACUUGUCAGAACCUUCAUAUUUUGCCAUCACUCAACAUACUGGGGAGAUAAGGACAUCUCGUAUCUUUCAGGAAAAGGAUGUACUGAACCAUAAGAUAGUGGUGAUGGUGAAGGACAAUGGAGACCCCUCUCUCUCAUCGACAGUUACACUAAAUCUCCUUUUAGCAAAUGAUUUCCAGCAGGUGGUCCCCAGGUUCACUGAACAAGUAACUGAAGAAAAUCCCCAAUCUAGUUUACAGCUGUAUUUAAUCAUCGCCCUUGGAUUAAUCUCAUUGCUAUUUUUUUAUAACUGUCAUGCUGGUUAUUAUCUCAAAGUGCAAGAAAUCUGAACCAAUCCCAAUGUUCAGUAACCUCAGCUCAAACUGGUAUCCUCAAGUCGAUCCCAGAAUCCUUUCUCAGUAUGGAAAUGGCACAUUGACAUUUCCUUACUUAUACAAUGUCUGUGUGGGGUUUGA